GGGACGGUUUUCACCGGUGGACAGACGGUGAACUCUGACCCCUCUAACUGGCUUAUUGUUUUGAUUUAGCAGGUUAGCAUUUUACGUGAAUUGCCCUGAAAACCUUUAUGGAGAGAGAGAUAAACUAAGAGCGCCCUCAGGACCUGCCUAAACUGAGCACAGCCGACGUAAAUAAUGAGUGUGAGGAUGGGGAGCCAGCGCUGCCGUUGAGGACGGGGAGAUGAUUUCUCCGCUGUAAGCUAACGUUGGCUAACUGGCUAACGCAGCGUACGUUGCGCUGGUAACAACACGAUGAUGAGGAGUCGUGUUUAGGAGUGACAAGACAACGGACCGGGCUGUUUUUCUGGCUCAGUACCCAUCCCCUGCCAGUAUUAUCCUGUCUGCGGAUCUGGAUAGUCGCUCAACACCGUGUACAGUCGAAAAGGCUAGCACUCCGCCGGCUGUUUUAGAAAAGGGUUGGACAUUUGCAUCACUAUCUUUCAAUGGGCGAGGAAAAGCCAGAUACGUUGGACUUUGUCAAGGAUUUCCAGGAGUACCUCAGCCAGCAGACUCAACAUGUCAACAUGAUAUCAGGCUCUGUGAGCGGCGUCAAAGAGGCGGACGAGUUGCCAGCUGACUGCAGUCAGAAUGGGCUGGAUCACCCCUCAGUGGACAUGUCAUUGGAGGACAGCUCAGGGAUCCUGAUGGAUGGCUUUGAGAGGACCUAUGAUGGCAAGCUCAAGUGCCGCUACUGUAACUAUGCCACCAGAGGCACGGCACGGCUCAUCGAACACAUCCGCAUUCAUACAGGGGAGAAACCACACCGCUGCCACCUGUGCCCAUUUGCUUCCGCCUACGAACGCCACCUGGAAGCCCAUAUGCGAUCCCAUACAGGCGAGAAGCCUUACAAGUGUGAGCUGUGCUCCUUCCGCUGCAGCGACCGCAGCAACCUGUCCCACCACCGCCGUCGCCGUCACAAGCUGCUGCCAAUGAAGGGUGCUCGCUCCCUUUCACAUAAGAAGAUGCUGAGCGUCUUGCAGAAGAAGGCCAGCUCACUGGGCUACGGCCGCCGGCUUCUCAUCAACUUCAGCCCCCCCUCGAUGGUGGUGCACAAGGCUGACAACAUGAACGACUACUCCCAUGAGCUGCCCCACCUCCGCCAGGACACAUAUGACAACCAGACUGGGGCAGCUGAGGAUGGGAGUUCCAGGAAUGAAAAUCACCAUCACCAAGAUAUGGUCAUGGACAACCCCCUGAAUCAGCUGUCCACCCUGGCCGGCCAGUUGGCCAGCCUUCCCUCUGACGCACAGGCCCAGACUCAGCCUCCCAUGUCUCCCGGAGCUGAGUCCAUGGUGGACGAGAAACCUUUCCUCAUCCAGCAGCCCCACCCGGCCACGGCUCCUGUGGCUGUUUCAGCCAGCAUGGCCCACACCUCCUCCUCUUCCCCCAUCACCCCCGAGCCCAGGGCCCCUCCCCACAGCAACUGCAGUCCUGGAGUGGGACCUUGUAGCGAGCACAGUGGGCGCACCAGUACCCCCAGCAUCACCAACAGCCAACCCAGCACCCCGGCCCCAGGCCUGUCUGCCCCGCUCCAGGAUCCCCACAUGCUGCAUCACUGCCAGCACUGUGACAUCUACUUCCCUGACAACAUCCUCUACACCAUCCACAUGGGUUGCCAUGGGUACGAGAACCCCUUCCAGUGCAACAUCUGUGGCCACAAGUGCAAAAGCAAGUAUGACUUCGCCUGCCACUUUGCCCGGGGGCAGCAUAAGUAGUGGCUGAAUGAGUGAAACUUUCAAAGUACUUUAAAGGGACAGAGCUUGGUUGAAUUAAUCCUACAGUGGUUUUAUUUAUUUAUCUUUAACUUUGAUUCUGGCCUUGAUGUAGCCUAGCCUUUGAAAGUUUUGUGUACUGACUUUGAUUUAGAGAGAAAGGCUAUUAGAAUAUGUCAACAUGUAGAUGGUUUCAUUUUGUAUUAUUUAAAGUGCCCAUUCAAGUGUAUUACAAAGGGAUGUAGUGGUGGUAAAAAAAAAAAAAAAAAAAUCAUAUUAAAACAGUUUUAAUUAUCAGUACUCCUU